CUUCCGCACUACGCCAUGCGUGACCUGGCACGACGGCAUGGCCCGCUCAUGCUGCUCCGUCUCGGUGAGAUCCGCGUCGUCGUGGCCUCGUCAGCCAGCGCCGCUAGGGAGGUAUUGAAAACCCAUGAUUCCAUCUUUGCCACACGACCUGAGACGAGCACAAUGAAGGCGGUGAAAGGGAUCCGCGGCGGCAUGGGCAUCAUCAUGGCGCCGCAGGGCGAGCACUGGAGCAUGGUUCGCAAGCUCUGCGUCAACGAGCUUCUUAGCGCACGGCAGAUCCGCUCCUUCCAGGGCACCCGCGAGGCAGAGGCCGGGAGGCUCGUGGCGUCCGUCGCCCUCGCGUCGUCAUCCCAGUCCCAGCCCGUGAACUUCGGCUCCCACCUCGCCACCUACCUCCACGACGUGGUCGUGCUAGCCGUUGUGGGCAACCGGAUCACUGACCGGGAAGCGUUCAUAGCGUGCCUCGACGAUUCGAUCAGGGCCACGGCCGGGUUGAGCCUCGCCGACUUGUUUCCGUCGUCAGGACUCGCCCGCGCAUUCGGCGGCAGUAGGACGCGACGGUUGAAGGCGUUGUCCAAGCGUCUGAGGCAUGCGCUGGACGGUGUGCUCGCGGAGCAAGGAGCGAGGAGGUCAGGCGGCCCCGGCGGCAACAGGGAUGAAGACCUUCUAGACGUGAUGCUGAGGAUCCAGGCGGAAGGCACCCCUCUCGAGAUGGGAACCAUCCGCACCGUGAUCAUAGAUCUCUUCGCGGCCGGCAUGGAGACCUCGACGACGACGCUCCAAUGGGCCAUGGCGGAAAUGAUGCGGAACCCAAAAGUGUUGGGCAGGGCGACGGCUGAGGUGCGCGCUACCCUCGCAGGGCAGAGCCGCGUGACGGAGAAGGCCCUACCAGAGCUGCGCUACAUGCAACUGGUAAUUAAGGAGACGCUACGGCUGCACAUGGCCGCGCCGCUGCUCCUCCCACGGGAGUGCCAGGAGUCUUGCCGCGUCCUCGGCUAUGACGUGCCCAAGGGCGCCAUGGUGUUGGUCAAUGCGUGGGCGAUCGCCCGGGACACCGAAAACUGGGGCCCCGACGCAGAGGAGUUCAGGCCGGAGAGGUUCGAGGAAGCUGAUGACAGCGCUGUGGUGAACUUUAAGGGGCAACACUUCCAGUUUUUGCCGUUCGGCGCCGGCCGGAGGAGUUGCCCAGGGAUGAUGUUCAGCCUUGCAGCCAUGGAGCUCGCGCUGGCGAGCCUCCUCUUCCAUUUUGACUGGGAGCUCCCGGAGGGCACCGUUCCGGCUGAACUGGACAUGACGGAGAAGUUUGGGAUCACGGCGAGGAAGAAGACCGAUUUGCUGCUGCAUGCCCGUCUUCGUGCGCCUCUUCCUCCUAAUCUAUAG